AUGUUCUGCACAAGGUGUCUGCGCACGGCUGUCGUCCGUCGACAAUUCCCGGUCGCUCGCCGCCAAUUCUCCGUCGCGCCGUUUCUGCGCUCCGCAGAGCCUACGCUCUCGACUCCCACCACAGCCGCGGGCGAGGCCGCGCCAGCAGAAAAGGCCGCGGCCCGAUCCAGCUGCCCCGAGGGCACCAUCCUCACGGGCCUCAACUACAUCAAGGGCGGCGCCGACCCGGUCGCGAAAAAGGACGAAGAAUACCCCGAGUGGCUGUGGUCGUGCCUCGACGUCACCAAGAAGACGGCCGAGGGCGAAGAAGACGCUGCUGGUGAUGAAUUCUCCAAAUCCAAGAAGCAACGACGACUAGCGGCCAAGCGUCAAAAGGCCGCCGAAGCUGAGAUGCUCGCCUCGGGCAACCUCGAGGCCUUGCAGCCCAAGAUUCCUAUCCAGCAGCAGUCGAUCAAUCUCCAGGGUGCAGAGGAUGGCAACGUUGCCGACAACAUUGCCGCGGCUGAUAAACGCCAGGAGCUCAGACUGGCUAUGCGCAAGGAGAGAAGGGCCAAGAUUAAGGAGUCCAACUACCUAAAGUCCAUGUAA